CAGCACGUGGGGACAGCGCGGGGAGCGGCCGGGGGGGGGGCUGGGCACGGUGCGCACUAGGGCUCUGCACCGGGGGCGGCGAGCACCGGACGGAUCGUAUAUUUGCUGAGGCUCCUUAAAAUGGCUUUACGCUUCCGCACUUUCUUCCCGUACGCCUUACCUGGAGUGCUGGCACUUAUUGGUUGGUGGUGGUUUUUUUCUCGUAAAAAGGAGCGUACGAGCAAUCACGACAGGCAAGCAUUAGCUGGCGUGGAAGAUCAGAGGAUUGAACCUCCCAUAAAGGAACCUCUGUCCAGAGAAGAGGUAAAUGCUACUAAAGAACUGCCUGUGCCCUCUGAAGAGGACUGCCCAGAGAAUGAAACCUUAACUUCCCAGCUGUCCGUAGGGUUAAUGACCCCCUCUCUGGCAUGUGACCCUCAACAGAGAUUAGGUUCCUCCAGGGACCAUCCUGCCGCCGCAGUGACGACCUUCGAAUUGGGCACGUUUGAGGACGACAGUGAAAAACUGGAAAGAGCAGCGUCUCGAGAUGAACCCGGGUCCCUUGCACAAGUGUCUCCCGCUUCAGCCCCGAAGAGUGUCGAGUGCUGUGACAAUGGUGUACUUGUUACCAAGCAGGAGUCAGCUUUCAGGGGAAUCCCAGAGCAGCAGCCAUUGGUGUGUUCCGUGGUAGAGUCAGUACAAGAGUCUUUGGGAAAGACUGGGGAAAGUGGUGAAGCAGAAAUGACACACGAUUCUUUGGAGAAUCCAUCUAAGGAAAUCCAGUGCCUAGCGGCUACGUCCUCAGACACUGGCUGCCUGCCGGCCCUGGGCUCUGAACCAGAGGAUUCAGCCACCACCCAACCUGCCAUUUUAGAUGAAGAUGAUAGUGAGGAAGUCGAGGGCACUGUCCCCGGGCAGAGAGAGUCUGUAGUUGGGAAGUUCCUGAAUAAUUGUGUAGAGUCUGCUGGCUUGGACCUGUCCAGGGAAGAGGAGAUGUCUGAGAUGACCGUCAGUACUGUGCUUAAAUGUCAUGGAAGGGAAGAGAAGUGCUACAGGGAUAUGCAGUCGAAAGGAGAUGGUUUGGAAAGAGAGAGAAUUGGAGGAGUGAGUUUGGACAAAGAUGAAGUUGAGAAAAUUGAGCAAGCAGCCAUACAGAUUAUUUCCAAAGUCAUCUUAGCAGCUACCGAGGAAGUGCUGUCUAGUUCAGUAAGCGAUGUGUCCAGUAGGAUCUGUGAAGUCGCAGUCAGUCGGGUUGAUAGACCGCUGGAGAGAGUGAGCAUUUCAUCCGAUGAGAUGCUUGCAGUGGAAUCUAGCAGAGGGAAUGAAGCCGUUUCCACAGAGAAUGUCGCAACGAUACCUGUUCCCCUAUCGGAAGAGAAACUCCAUCGUUAUGUAUCGUAUUCCAGCUGUUUGAAAUACGGGCGCUUAUCUAACCCAGUGCAGGUAGAUCCAAAAGACCAUCGGCCAAAGAAAUCUGUGCACAGUGAAACACAAGGAAAUAACCGGACUUUGGUUACGAACAAUGGAGAGUCGUUCGAAGAGUCGCAUGCAGUAACGGAGGAUUCUGGGUGCAGUGCAUGUACGUCUGAAGAUGGGACGAACGUCGAGGAUCCCUUGCAAAGCACGUCACUGUCUCUCCUAUCAGGCCAGCAUUCAGACUUGCUGAGCAUGUCUGUGAUCCAGGACGCUUCCACAGAGCAAAACGUGGCACAGAGUGAGAAACCUCAGACCCCUAUAUUAGGGGAAGACAAAGUGCCAUACAGCAAUGGAGUGCUGAAAGGGGACAGUGCAGAUCUGAGACAUGAGAAGCACUGGACAGCGGAGACCGAUGCAGAUCACUCAGGAGGUUCAGAUGUAAAUAGCAUGGAUUCUGUGGACAGUGGCUGUGCCCUUGGGAAGACGGAGAGUUGCCAGAACUCCAAGCCAGGAGUAGAAUCCAAUAAGUCUGAGCUCACUAUCUGGGAGAUAGAGGUGCCAAAGCACUUGGUUGGCCGGCUGAUUGGCAAGCAGGGGAGAUACGUGAGUUUUCUGAAGCAAACUUCUGGUGCCAAAAUUUAUAUUUCAACGCUACCUUACACCCAAGAUGUCCAGAUUUGUCACAUAGAAGGCUCUCAGCAUCAUGUAGACAAAGCGCUGAGUCUGAUUGGUAAGAAGUUCAAGGAGCUGAGCCUCACCAACAUUUACGCUCCUCCAGCCCCAUCACUGAUGCUGCAUUCCCUCCCUAUGACUUCCUGGCUCAUGCUACCGGAUGGAGUCACCGUAGAAGUAAUUGUCGUUAACCAAAUCGACGCAGGACACAUGUUUGUACAGCAGCACACGCACCCCACGUUCCAUGUGCUGCGCAGUCUGGACCAGCAGAUGUAUGUCUGCUAUUCUCAGCCUGGAAUUCCAACUCUGCCCACUCCAGUAGAAGUCGGUGUGAUCUGUGCUGCUCCGGGCUUGGAUGGCGCUUGGUGGCGGGCUCAGGUUGUCGACUACUUCAAAGAUAACAACGAAGUGGAGAUCAGAUACGUGGACUACGGAGGAUACGAGAGAGUUAAAAUCGACACACUCAGGCAGAUCAGGUCUGAUUUUGUAACUCUACCCUUCCAAGGAGCAGAAGUUUUAUUAGACAAUGUGGUGCCGCUUUCAGACGAGGAUCACUUUUCAUCAGAAGCUGACUCAUCCGUUAGUGAAAUGACCAGAGGUACACCUCUGCUGGCACAGGUCACAAACUAUGACAGUGCAACAGGCCUGCCUCUUAUCCAGCUGUGGAGUAUGAUGGGAGAUGAGGUGGUGUCAAUAAACAGAGCUCUGGUGGAAAGAGGAUUUGCUCAGUGGAUUGACAGUUACUAGUAAACUCUGAGAGGCCCCAAGCGACCCUUUUUUCUAAAAAAAAAAAAAAAAAAAAAAAAUAAAAUUUAAAAAAUCCCUGUUUUUGCACUGUAUUAGAAUUGGGUUUGGCAAUCCUGUAGGGAAGACCUGUUUGUUUACACCACUGCGCAAAACUCUGUGGUCCAUUGAGACUUGUUUGCUUGACUGUUACCAUUUCACUUGAAAUACAUACCUCAUUUCAGUGAAAGGCAGGGAGUUACUAAAAGCCAUAAAAAAGAUACUGUAGCUUUAAAACAAAGCCUGUCCCUGGCCUAGUUCUAAGAGUUAUUUAAAAAGGAAAAAAAAAGUGGGGUUUGCUUGAAGCUAACAGAACACCCCUACCAUGUGUUAACUGGCUGCAGGUCUAUAGCACAGAUGCCCCAGAGGUUCAGUGGCUGCUUUUUCUGAAAGUGGUGUUGGCUGUUCCUUAGAAAUAGGUUUGCUGCCUAGAAAGUCAACACAAAAUACGUAAAGGAUUUAAAGUUCAGUUGUCUAUUGACUUUUCCAUGUUGUGCCACCAACUUGCACAAGCUUUGUUAGUCUGAUCCGUGACUGAUGCUGGGAGACAAAUGAAUUGCAUUCAUGGCACUUACCCUGGCACACAUCUCAUGGUAGAAAUGUUUUAGGAUGGAGCUGCAUGGGAAGAAAACUUCAUCUGUGCAGACCUUUGAAAUGUAGGAUGAAUUACCACUACAACCAUAGAUUGUAAAUCUGCUAUGUUCCAGAUCAUGUAUUUAAAAAAAAUAGAUUGCCAAACCCGAUUGUAAUUUGUAACCAUUUUCUAGCUGUGCAAGUCUGUGUAAAUAUAUAUAAAAUCCUUGUAAUAUUUUGUAUAAGAGAAACACUGGAAAUCACAAAGGGAACUUAAAAUUUUUUUUUUCCCCACACCAAAAUGUCCUCUGUAAGUAGAAACGGUUUGGAGUCCAUCAGUACAGCUGAUGUACUCGGAGCAUCCGAAUGUGGGAGUGUUUCUGCUCUGCUGUGUACAGGAUUAGCGUUGCUCUAGAUUGCUGUAUGGUCUGAUUUGUGAUCACUGACUCCUUUGCUGUACAGAUCUGUUUAAAAAAAAAAAAAAAAGGUAACAAUUUGGAAUUGAUAUUGCAGUGGUGUUCUUUCUCUCUCUUGAUUUAUGUUGGUCCCUUUUAGAUUGAUAUCAAAUGUGGAAUUUAAAAUUUUGUUCAAAUAAUUUAAGAUAACUUAAUACUAUUAAAAAAAAUAUUGUAAUGUACCUGCAUUUAGACAUGUGUAUUGAGUUGAGAUUUGUUGCUGACCGGGAAGACACUUGACAGGAAAGCACUGGUAUAAUCAAGCCUUGGAAAAUGAGAAUCUUUCAGACCAAUCCAGAGACUCCUUUUUUUUACUUUCGGUGAGCUGAUGUGCUGGUCCACCAUGCAGACAUGAAUGUAGCUGCCUACACCGGGAUUUGAUCAGAUUGUAUUCUCUUUUUUAUGAAUUCUCUCUAUUCGGGGGCGUACGGUUUAAUGUUAGCAAUAAUGUCCAAUGAAAACGAAAUUGAUAGCUUGGUUAAAUCUAAAAAACAAAAAAUCCUCUUGGAAUGUGUUUCCCAUUUCAAUUAAAGCUCAAAUUUUAAGCCAUCUUAAUCAAAAUGUGAUGAGUAAGAGCCUUCAUUUCCAGCCUCUUGUGGUAUAGGUGUGGGUGGGAAGGGAUCUUUACUUGAUAGAGUGGCAGGUGAGACCAAAUAGUGAUGGGUUUAAAAUGGGUCACAAAAAGGUGAACCUUCAAAACCCCUGUUCAUUGAAUUCUCUGAUCACUACAUCAAGUUUUGUGAAAGACCUUGG